CCUCCCCUCUCUGUAGGAUGGGCGAGGAGUCGCCAGACGGGCUGCUCUUCAAAGACCAUGACUUCUCCUCCGACUUGCUGCUGCAGCUCAAUGGCUUAAGACAAAGCAGGAUCCUAACUGACGUGAGCAUCUGCACCGGCACCCAGGAGGUCCCCUGCCACCGCAAUGUGCUGGCCUCCAGCAGCCCCUACUUCCGGGCCAUGUUCUGCAGCAGCUUCCGGGAGAACAGAGAGGCCAAAGUCCAGCUGAAAGGCAUCGACUCCCCAACCCUGGACCGGAUUGUGUCCUAUGUGUACACGGGGGAGGUGUGCAUCGCCGCCGACAACGUCCUUCCCUUGAUGGAGGCCGCUUCCAUGCUGCAGUACCCCAAGCUGUUUGAGGCCUGCUCCUCAUUCCUGCAGAGCCAGCUGGCCCCCAGCAACUGCCUGGGCAUGCUCAGGCUCGCUGAAAUCCUAAGCUGCGAGACCCUCAAGAAGAAAGCCAGGGAGGUAGCCCUGACAUACUUCCCAGAGGUGGCCGCAUCUGCUGACCUGAAGGAGCUCUGCGCCUUGGAGUUGAGAGACUACCUCGGAGAUGACGGGCUCUGUGGGGAGGAGGAAAAGGUGUUUGAGGCCCUCAUGGCUUGGAUCAAGCACGACCUCCAGGCCCGGAAACGACAUGUUCAGGAACUGUUCGAGCAGGUCAGGCUCCAGUACAUCCACCCAGCCUUCUUCCACCACUUCAUCGCCAACGACGCCCUCCUGCAAUCCUCGCCUGCAUGCCAGACCAUCUUGGAGAUGGCGAAGAGGCAGCUGUUCUCUUUGUAUGGCACCAGCGUCCCAGACUGCAAACCCCUGUCGCAUGUUCCUCCAAGAAACUCUUACCAAGAUUUCCUCAUCCUCUUGGGGGGACGGAAGGACAGCCAGCAGACCACCAGGGAUGUCCUGCUGUACAGUAGACAGACUGGCCAAUGGCAGAACCUCGCCAAACUCCCCACCCGGCUGUACAAGGCCUCGGCCGUCACCUUGCACCGCAGCGUCUACGUGCUCGGGGGCAUGGCUGUCAGCUCAGGGAGGAGUCAGGUCAGCCACAACGUCUACAUCUUCUCUCUGAAACUCAAUCAGUGGAGGCUGGGGGAGCCCAUGCUGGCAGCCCGCUACUCUCACAGAAGCACCGCCCAUAAGAACUUCAUCUUCUCCAUCGGGGGCAUUGGGGAAGGGCAGGAGCUCAUGGGCUCCAUGGAGAGGUAUGACAGCAUCUUCAACGUCUGGGAGAAUAUGGCCAGCAUGCCAGUGGGGGUUCUCCAUCCUGCCGUUGCUGUGAAAGACCAAAGACUCUACCUCUUUGGGGGAGAGGACAUCAUGCAGAACCCUGUGCGCCUUAUCCAGGUUUAUCACAUUUCCAGAAACACGUGGUUCAAAAUGGAGACUAGAGUGAUCAAGAAUGUGUGCGCCCCUGCAGUGGUGCUCGGGGAGCGGAUUGUCAUUGUGGGAGGUUACACAAGGAGGAUUCUUGCCUAUGACCCUCAGUCCAACAAAUUUGUCAAAUGUGCGGACAUGAAGGACCGGACAAUGCACCACGGGGCCACGGUGAUGGGGAACAAGCUGUAUGUGACAGGCGGGCGGCGGCUGACCACAGACUGCAACAUUGAAGACUCAGCCUCCUUCGAUUGCUAUGACCCUGAGACAGACACCUGGACAUCCCAGGGACAGCUGCCUCACAAACUCUUCGAUCACGCCUGCCUCACUCUCCAGUGUAUACCCCACAUGUCCACCCUCCCAUGAGGUUGUCGAGAAACCCGUCUUAUCCAAGAUGCCUUCUGCUAUAAGGGAUGGAAACCCAACU